ACUGACGGAAGGAAGGAAGGAGGGGCCGGACUGACUUCCUUGCUGCUGCUUCUGCUGCUUCGGGUGUCACUCCUCGGCUGCCUCCCUCGCCUUGUCAACAGCCUUGCCUUGGGCCAACCGGGGUCGCGGCCUCCCCUAGACAGACCCCCCUUUUCCCCCCUCCCCUCUCUUCCCCUUCCCCAAGCCAGGCUUUGUCUAUCUCUAAGCUCUGUUGGGGUCUCCCUGACCUUUGACCCCCUUGUGUUGUGACCCCGGCAUGGGCCCGCCUCGCAAGGGUGGCGUUGCCCCGGCCGGCUUUAGGACUACGUCGAUUUCUUGCUAAUCAUAACGAUAGGAAUUAGGCUGUACUGAUAUUCCGCCCUCUCUCCCCUCGCCAGGAUUUGGGGGACGAUGACGAGGAGGAGGACGACGGUGCCGCGGCCCUCCCGGUGAAGCCCCCGCCUCGUUGCCCCCAGGACCAUGAGCGGCGGAGGCAAGAAGAAGAGCGGGUUCCAGAUCACCAGCGUCACUUCGGACUACGAGCAGAAAGAAGGACGAGCGGACGCCGCCAAGGCUGGGACAGAAGCGGAAGGGGACGCCGGCCCGCGGGCCAACGACGGCAACGCCAGCAACGGUGGGGCGGCCAGAAAUGGCCCCACGGCCCCCACCUCCCCGUUGACCGCCCCGUCGCUGGUGUCCGGCUCGCGCUUCCGGGUGGUGAAGCUGGACCCGGGUCCCGGGGAGCCCUACAAACGUGGCCGCUGGACCUGCCGGGACUUCUACAAUGCCGAAGCCGAAUCCCACCCCCAGCACCCCUUUGUGGGGCGGCUGGCUGAAGCCGGGCGACACCCGCAGUCUCUGGACUCCCGGCUGGAAGUGGCUGGACUUCUGACCCAUCCUCAAGGGCCCUUCAGUCCGCAGCCCCAGCGCAGAGGAGGAGGAUUUGGAGGUGCCUGCGCCAGUCUGCACUCCCAGCUGGUGCUGCCCCCGGCCACGUCCAGCCACCAGGCCCGCUCUCUCGGCGGAGGCCUCCCGGUUAUGGUCCGGCCCCACAGGACUCCCCCCAGCCCGGUCUCCCUCCGCAGCCCCCUGGCCUCGGUUGCCAAAGAGGCUGGGGAUCCCGGGACCCUCGCUGCCACCUCCGCUGGGACCCCGGCCGUGCCCACUUUGGUGGUGGAGGAGCACCUCCUGCCCAAGAGCGUCUCAAAGCUGAUCCAGAGGGAGACGGAUGAGCGACGCAAGGUCUCGCCACGGCAGUCCCGCUCACGGCCCUCCUCCCCGGCUCCGCCGCUCUUCCGCGACGGCAGCCCCAACCGCAGAACCUCGGACCCCUUUGGGUCUUCGUCGCCCUCCUCGGCCCGCUUCAGCCUGGCCCACUCCAUGUUUGGCAUCGACAGCGAUGACGACAGCGGAACAAACAGCAGCAUGAUAGCCAUAGACAACAAGAUUGAACAAGCCAUGGACCUGGUGAAGAGCCACCUGAUGUUUGCGGUGCGUGAGGAGGUGGAGGUCCUGCGGGAGCAGAUCAAGGAGCUCUCGGAGCGCAACGCCUUGCUGGAGCAGGAGAACGCCCUCCUCCGCUCCCUCGCCAACUCCGAACAGCUCUCCCGCUUCCAGGCCCAGCUCCACACGGCCGCCAAGCCCCCUCCUCCUCCUCCUCCUCCUUCUUCCAGCGGCACCAGCGCAUGACCCGGAUUGGGGCGGGAGGAACUGACGAGAGACUGACACUAAGGACAGGGAUGGGGACGUGGGUGGGUGGCCGCCUGCCAGGGACGGUCACUCCGGCCACUCACUCCCUCACUAACGGAUUCCCGCAGAUGUGAACAGGGUGCAUGUGGGUGGGCAGCUUGGUACCGAAACAGCUGGAGUCGGGAGAAUGAUUGUGUGUGUGGUUGUGCUUGCGUGCGUGAUGGUGCGUCUACACCAGACAUUUGCAAACUUGGGUGCCCCGGGUGUUUUGGACUCCAACUCCCACCAUUCCUAACAGCCUCAGGUCCCUU